AUGGGGAAGUACAAGUCACCAGCAACCCGAUUAUCACGUCUUAAUCGUUCGAUUCAAAAGCACCUUGAACGACCAACUUAUGGAACAGUCGUUUGUCUUGAUUUGGACACAUCCGAACUCUUACUGGUUGUACGAUUUACCGAGAAGUCCAGUCUUGGGGAGGACAUUUACCAAUCUUAUAAUCAUUCGAUUAGCACUAUCUACCAGCAUGCCAAAGCUAGAGGCGAGGUGAAAACCAAUGGUGCCACUUACCGGGCCAGGAGACUGGGUCGCAAAUAUGGUCGUAUGUUCGCUGCCGGAUUUCGCCCAGGUUACGAAUCAGGGAUCAAAGGAGGUUAG